AUAAGUUACUAGCACCAUGGCAGACACUGAUAGACGCGAACUCGUCCGUAGUGCCGUUUCAUUCCUCUCAGACUUUACGACUCAACAAGCGCCGCUUGCCCAGCGUGUCCAAUUCCUUGAAGCAAAAGGCCUCAGUGGACCAGAGAUCGAGGAGGCAAUGAAGCAGGCGGCGAGCCAACCUACGCACUCGCAGCCUGCGGCACAGCCUCAGAAUAAUUUCCAAUCACCGUAUGUAACAUAUGGGCCAGCUAGCUAUCCUUCUCAGCAAUGGGACUGGCGCGAUUAUUUCAUAACUGCUGUGAUAUCAGGGUCAGUGGUGUAUGGUGCCGUUUCGCUGUUCAAGAAACAUCUUCAACCACACCUUAUUCCUCCAGCAGCGACUGCAUAUGAACAAGACCGCGAUGGACUGACAGCACAAUUUGAUGCUGCAGAGGCCCUCUUGAAAGAAAUCCAGGCAGAAACCGAAGCCGUCAAAUCUGCGGUGUAUGAACAAAAUGAACGGGUGAACAAAGUCACCAAAGACGUUGAGUCGGUAGUGGUUGAAAUGAGGGAAGGCGAGUCAAAGACGCGGGACGAGAUGCGUGAAAUUCGUGACGAAGUGGAAAAUAUCCGAGAAAUGCUUCCCAAGAUGAUUGAGAAGAACAAAGAGUCUCAAAAGGAGUCUCUUUCUGAGCUGCAGCAAGAACUCAAAUCCCUCAAGGCUCUGUUACUUACUCGCGGGUCUACUCCACUGACGAGCUCUCCUUCGACACCAAUACCCUUGUUGGCCAGUAGACCGUCGAUACCUUCAUGGCAAUUAGCUAGCUCGGCCCCGGUGCCAUCUACUGCAGACGACCUCCCGGCAGAUCCUUCACCAUUGUCCCUCGCUGCAAAUCACCUCCAAGAUGCUAGUGAAGAAGGUCCUCAUGCUACCUCAACAACAGAGGUUCUUCAAGCUCUAGUUCAGGUUCCGCUGCCACCGAACGUAGAGGAGGCACCUGUGACAGAAUACUCUGUCAGUUCCCCAAAACCCGUAUCAGCAUCUAUCGGGAUAGAAGAAAAUCUCCAGCUGCCUAAUAAUCUUCCCGCUGCUACAGACACAGCACUUCCGUCAGAAGUCCACAGCUCGGAUUCUGGAGACAUCGAUGGCAACGUCGAUGUUCUCAUCCACACAGACGUAUCUGCUUCCCAUGUAACAGAAGCUUACGGUUCUGACUCUGGAGAUAUCGAUGGCAACGCCGACGUUCCUAUUCAUACAGAUGCAUCUGCUUCGCAUGUGUCAGAAGUUCAAGACUCGCAAUCUGGAGACAUUGAUGACACUCCCGAUGUCCCCGUUCAUACAGAUGCAUCUGCUUCUAAUGUACCAGAAGUUCACAGCUCGGAUUCGGGAGGCAUCGAUGGCAACACCGAUAUUCCUAUCCAUAGGGACUCAUCUGCUUCGCACGUGUCAAAAACUCAAGACUCGGAUUCUGGAGACAUUGAUGGAAACGCCGAUAUUCCCAUUCAAAUAGAAGUACUUACUUCAGACGGCGAUGGCGAUGGUGAAAAGACGGAACAACCUCCAGAAAUCCCUUCUACUGUGCCUUCGUCAAAGUGCAGCGAAGCUGACGUAGAAGCUCUUCAAGAACGUCUAAGACUCGUUGAACAACGGUUUUCAGAUAUGUCGACAUCUUUUAAAAAACUUCAUGCAGAACGGUCGGCUGUAGAUGAUGUCAUUCGGGAAUUGACUCCUUUGGAGGAUGCUGAUGAUGCAACUGUACUACGUGACUAUUUGUCUAACAUGAACAUGAAGAUUGAGCUUACACAAGAUGAACUACAGCGUCUCAACGGAAAACUGACACGUCAAGAGGAACGUAUCGAGGAGCUCAGAGAUACUCACAGGCUUGAAACCAGGUCUCAGUUGGACCAGAUUCACAAGCUUCGUCAACAGCUUAACGAAGCAGAAGCCCUCGUUGCAGCCUCCCAAACUUCAGCUUCUCUUAUGGAAGAAGAAACAGGGAAGCAAACAGCCGAGAUCGAACGACUUGCAGUUGAAGUUGCAAAAGCAAAAGAAGUAGCAAAAGAAGAGGAAGAGAAACGCGUCAAGGCAAUUAGCCUCCUCAAGACUGUGCGUCAGAAGCUUGUCAAAGCCGAGAAGGAUAGAGACGAUGCGCUGAAGGAAAUCGGGGAAUCUAAGGAAAAGGACAGGCAGGAGCGAGACAAAGAGAGGCUUGAACGAGCAAGGCUACAGUCGGAAAUCGACACAGUCAAUGCAGAGCGAGAGAAAGCGGUAACAGGCUUAAGGACCCAGUUCGACAAAGAGGUAGCUGCUGUCAAGGAUCGCAGUGAGAAGGAGCUUUCUACCACCCGCGCACAAUUUGAAGUUGAAAUUGCAGCGCUGAAGAUGUCGCAUUCAACGGAAUUGACUCUUAAGAAGUCACAGAUCGCUACAUUGGAAGCAUCUGUCAAUAAUCUUUCUAGGGAGAAUAGGACAUUCUUCGAACAACUCCAGAUUCGGCAGGCCGAGUUGGAAUCCUCUCAGCACCACGUCGGGACCCUCCAGGGUCAACACACUGAACUACAGUUCCAGCUCAGGGAAGCACAGGAUCGCCUUACUCUUCUCGCCGAGGAAAUCUCAGAUCUUCGAGGGGAACAAGAAACGCGACCGCAUGAGCCAGGCGCUCCACAGGAAGAUGUCUCGCAGCUUAUCUCCACGAUGGAAGCCAAGUACGAGGCCAGAUUAGCAGAAAUCAAGAGGAACUUGGUCCUCGCAGAGAAGGAGCGGACAGAGAGCGAAGCGGACUGGAGUCGCAAGCUCUCCGAUAAAAGUAGAGAAACGGACGAGUUGAAGACGAUUCUGCAGUCUUCUGCAAAGUUACGAGAAGAGAAAGAGAGCACUACAGGGGUACUGAAAUUUGAAAUCGAGAAGCUAACAGCUGAGGUGCAGAAUCACCAGCGUCGUGCAUUGGAACUUCAGCUACAGGUUGACCGUAUGAACAAUUCCGAGGCGUCGUUCCAGCUUCGCAUCUCGGACGCUCAAGCAGAAGCCGAAGGUUACAAGAGCCAGCUUGAAAACCUGAAGGCUCAUGAAGUACAACUGCGUGGUCACACCAAGACGCUCCGAGAAGAACUCCGCAAGGUGCAAAACUCGGCUGCUCUACUUGAGCGUCAGCGCAAUCCAGGAGUGGGAUAUUGGACCUCGCGGACCGAGAACACUGAUUCUCGCGUGUCGGUAUCGUCCGGCUCUGAUCUUCCAUUGCGAGCUGCAUCCCCUAGACCAACAUCGCCCACCCCGUCCAAAGGCGAUGAAGACAUUAACCUGGAGUACCUUCGAAACGUGAUAUUGCAGUUUUUAGAGCACAAGGAGAUGAGACCCAAUCUCGUUCGCGUUUUGUCCAUCAUCUUGCGUUUUACACCACAAGAAACCCGGAGGCUGAUAGCGAAAGUCUAGUGAGGGAAUUAUUUUAAAAGGACGAUAUCUACGUUGCCAAGAUGUAUUAUGUAGGAUGCUCUUGGAACUUGUGAAACUCGCAGCUUCCUAUUGUGGUAACACCGCGCGACAACACAUACUGGCAACGCUCAACCUCCUGCCCAAUCCUUCACCUUUUCCCUAGUUCUUAAAUUUAUGAUAAAUACUUUUACUUUAAGCUGUUAACUAUGCUAACUCUUGGUCGAC